AUGGCUACUGGAGCCGUUUUGUGCAAGCAGGAGCUGAAGAAGCUCUUGAGGAACGACCGAAACUACUACUCAACUCCUGAGUUGAAUGACGUGCUCUUUCUUCAUUUCAAAGGCUACCGAAAGUUGGAAGCCCUGGAAGAAUUCACCGGGCUCAGGACGCUUCAUGCUGAGACCAACGGGAAGAAUCCCUGUCUUAGAACGCUUCAACUGGAAAAGAACUAUAUCGGCCGCAAUGGAAGACACGAUUUCGACAAUCUUGCAAGUCUGAAGGCCUUGACAGUUCUAGACCUGUCUAACAACCAAAUCGAAGAUCCUGCUAUCGUAUUUGAGGUCCUCACCCAACUUCCACAUCUGAAGGUUCUCUAUCUGAAGGGGAAUCCCGUGUCUUUUGCCUUUGAAGCUUUCAUGAAGCUGAUUGAAGAUGCACAACUCCAACGAAGGGAGAUGCUGGACAUGAGGGCAGAAGAUCGAGAGGACGACGAUUUACAUAACCACUUGGAAAACGUAGAACGAAAUCGCGAGACGCAAACGCUUCCAGAUCUAGAAGCGCCUUCCUUUCCCCUGAACACGCCUGCGACAGACACUCCGACAACUGACCAGAGUCCCCUUGUGCCUAGUCUGGCUGAGAGCCUUCCAGAUGAAAGCGGCAGCAUUGCGACGAGUCAGGGUAACGCUGGAGAAGACGUAUCCUCAGACUGUGAACACCAAAAGGGCAAGGAAGAGUCCGACGACGUCGGUUCCAUCCCAAACACAGACCAGCUGCCAAACUGCUCCGAAUUGGAGGGGCCACAUCCCAGCGAGGCAGACGACGGCGAUACUCCUCGUGAACGAAAUGCGCUCCGAAAUGAGGUUAACUUUGACGCACUGGACUAG